UACGUUAUAUGUAUGUAUACCUGUAUAUAUCGUGCUCGAAGCCUCGAAGAUCACUCGGAGCUCGCUUGACGAUUCGUAGUGCUCCUCGGCAAUUAUUUUGCACGCCAGAACGUGGUGGACGACCAAGAGCAGAGUUAAAAAAUGGCAUUCGGUACGACAUUAUACAAUCUUGUAUUAAAACGCACGUCAACAUUUAUGGUCGUCGUGGUGGGUGCUACCUUUUUCUUCGAAAGGGGAGUUGACGUAGCAGCUGAAAAGUUUUGGGACUCGCAUAACAAAGGGAAACUGUGGAAGCACAUAAAGGACAAGUACGAGUAAAUGGGACACUUUGAGAACGAUAUGUGUUAGCCGUGUUUCAAUAGAGAUAUUCUGCAUCUUUACACAUGUAAAUAAAUAAUCAAUUAUACACGAAUGUGCGA